AUGCCGACGGCCUCCCGCCUCGGCCGUCGGCAUAGAUCGGACGCCGUUAGCCGCACGGCACGGCGGGAUCGCCGGGCCCGCAACUAUGCCGACGGCCAAGAUAUGUCGACGGCCGCUGUAGGCGUAAGUUUGGGUAAGCCGACGGCCUUUCUGGGCCGACGGGGGCCGUCGGCAUAUGUCUGGAUAGCCCGACGGCUUUAUUACGCCGACGGCCUGGAUAUGGCUGUCGGCAUAGCCCUGACAAGGCUGACGGUGGCCGUCGGCAUAGAUAUGGCCGUCGGCAUAGGGCCCUGCUCCGGUAGUGUCUCCUCCUACUUCGCCGCGCGCACCGCCGCCGACCUCCCCAUGGAGCUCGGCCUGCCCACUGCCUUCGUGCUCAUCCUCUACUGGAUGGGCGGCCUCGACCCGCGCCCGACUUCCUUCCUGCUCUCCCUCCUCGUCGUCCUCUACAGCGUGCUCGUCGCCCAGAGCCUCGGCCUCGCCGUGGGAGCCGUGUUCAUGGACGUCAAGCAGGGCACCACGCUCGCCUCCGUCAUCACCAUGGUCUUCCUCAUCGCCGGCGGCUACUACGUGCAGCACAUCCCGCCAUUCAUCGGAUGGCUCAAGUGGCUCAACUACAGCUUCUACUGCUACCGCCUCCUCCUCGGCAUCCAGUUCCGCGAUGGCGGCGGCCUCUACGACUGCGGCGGCGGCACGCUCUGCCCCGUUGCCGACUUCCCCGCCAUCAAGGCCGUCGGGCUCAACAACCACUGGGUGGACGUCUGCGUCAUGGCGCUCCUCCUCGUCGGCUACCGGGUCGUCGCCUACCUUGCCUUGGACCGCCUGCAGCCGAGGUGA